UCCCAUCCGAAAUACGCUUUCAGGUACGGAGUUUCCGACCCGCACACCGGUGAUGUCAAGGCUCAGCAGGAGAGCAGAGAUGGGGACGUGGUGAAAGGCCAGUACUCCCUGGUGGAGCCCGACGGAUCUAUCCGCGUAGUAGACUAUGUUGCCGACCCUGUAAACGGGUUCAAUGCCGUGGUGUCGAAGAGCGCGCCAUCUGUCCACGCGUCGGUCGCACCAGCGGUAGUGAAGCAGGUAGUUCCCUCCGUCUACAAACACGUAGUACCGACGUACGUCAAGCAGGUGGUACCAGUGAUCAAAUCGGCGCCAUUAUUGUCGUCCUUUUACGAUAAGCAGCUGGUGGCUAAGCCUGUUAUAAAAUAUACUUCAGCUCUAG